AUCAUAAAUCAAAAUGCCUUUACAAUGAGUGUCUUUAAAGGAGUGGCGUUGGGAGGAAAUCCCCGUAUUACAAUUCCCGCCGUUACUUGCAACAUCAUUUCAAAGUAAUGAUAAAUAACGUUCAGUUUAUACGACCAAUGUCUUUCUGAAAACAUGUUUCUAAAAAUAAAAUUUCUGCGUAAAAACGUACAUGCUUAAUGUUAUAAAAUGUGCUGUUUUACAUCAAAGCAUAAAAGGCAUGACAGCUGAUAAAAGUAGUGUCCCAUUGGUUGUAUUGAUAUACCGCACAUUAUGUAAAAUUCUCAGUUCUGUUUUCAUCGCGCAAUAUGGCAGGUAAAAAGGAAAAGUCGACAACUUUUAUAGAGGGAAGAAAUGAAUAUGGGAGCUAUCGUCCAUAUUCCUUCGAUUCUAGAGAUCAGCCUCCAUCUCAUGGAACUUAUAAUAUUCAAGAUGGUGACAGUGGUGUCCACAGUGAGGGUUCAACUCUAACCAUACAUGAUAUUCGGUAUACAGUGUAUGUGAGAACAAAAGGCUUUUGUGGAAAAGCGGAAAAGAAGGAAAUUCUUAAAGGCGUAAAUGGAAUAUUCCGACCUGGCAUGAAUGCUAUCAUGGGACCUACAGGAUCUGGAAAAUCGUCCUUACUAGAUGUAUUAGCAGGAAGAAAAAAUCCUAAUGGCUUAUCAGGAACUUUACUGUUGGAUGGAUGUCCUCCACCAGAAAACUUCAAGUGCAUGGUUGGUUAUGUCGUGCAGGAUGAUGUUGUGAUGGGAACAUUGACAGUGAAGGAAAAUUUCCAUUUUUCUGCAUCUCUGAGACUACCAAAGGAAGUUUCCAAGGCCGAACGAGACAAGCGUGUGGAAAAAGUUAUUGCUGAACUUGGCCUGCUUCAUUGCGCAGAUACUAAGGUAGGAACGGAAUUCAUACGGGGAGUCUCAGGAGGAGAACGGAAAAGAUGUAACAUUGGGAUGGAGUUGAUCAUAUCCCCACCCGUUCUUUUUCUUGAUGAACCGACCACUGGACUGGAUGCAAACACGGCAAACACGGUUUUACUGUCAUUAAAAAAACUGUCAGAAGAGGGACGAACAGUUAUCUUUUCAAUACACCAACCAAGAUACAGCAUUUUCCGUCUGUUUGACAACCUUGUUUUGUUGUCGAAGGGAGAACUUGUGUACCAGGGACCUGGUACUGAAAGUCUGGACUUUUUUGAAGAUGUUGGCUAUAAGUGCGAAGAGCAUAACAAUCCGCCAGAUUUCUUUCUUGAUGUUAUAAAUGGAGACACAUAUUCUGCCAAAAUUGAUUUGGCAUCGGAUGGAGUACAGCAACAAUCAGAAGUACACAAAAAACUCGUCUCGGCUUAUAAAAGUUCACGUUGGAAUCAGCAGAUGACUAGUGAACUUGGAGCAGUUAUUCAAAAACACAACUCCAGGGUAGCCCGAAACGAAAUCAGAAGGUUAGAUGCAAUAAAGUUUGCAACAAGUGCAUUUACACAGUUCUUGUAUUGCAGUCAGAGAACAUUGAGGAACUAUGUAAGAAGCCCAUCAACGUCAGUCAUGCAAGUGCUGGUCAAUGCUAUAUUUGGUGUUAUUGUUGGAGCUAUAUACUGGAAGAUAGACGAUUCGUGCAAAUCAGGUCUGCAAAACAGAGUUGGUGCAUUCUUUUUCAUCAUCAUGAAUAUGGUGUUUGCCAAUUUGUCAGCUGUGGAACUUUUUAUCAACAACAGAGCCAUCUUUAUACAUGAGAACUUGAGCGGCUUUUAUCGGACUUCUGCCUACUUUUUAUCUACAGUUCUCUGUGAUGUUAUUCCAAUGAGAUUAGCCCCAACACUUGUUUUCUCCGCUAUAGUUUAUUUUAUGAUUGGUUUAAGAUCGGAAUUUGAGCGCUUCUUAGUAUUUUUCCUCGGCUUAUUUAUGGUGACAUUUGCGGCGUCGACUGUAGCCUUCUGCAUCAGCGCUCUUGUCCGAAUUUUUGCAAUAGCAAAUCUCCUCGUUGCAUUGGUGUUUGUUCUGAUGAUGUUGUUCAGUGGCUUACUGGUUAACUUGGACAGCAUCCCCAGCUUUCUUCGCUGGUUAAAAUACUUGAGUAUAUUCCGAUACAGUUUAACAGCUCUGAAUAUAAAUGAAUUGAAAGAAAUGGAAUUUACCCCAUCGGAGCCAAACUCAACGAUACCUUGUGUAUCCGGAAACGAUUACUUGAUACAACAAGGAAUUGACUUCCAUACAGAUUGGGAUCUUUGGGUCAAUUUUGUCGCGCUGGCUGUGAUAACUAUUAUAAUUUUAGUUCUUGCGUACUUGAGACUGCGUUUCAUGAACAAGUUAAGAUAAAAACGCGAUGAAAUAACAUUAUUUAUAGCUAUUUACAUAAUGGGAGCAAAAACCAACAAAUCAAAAUCGAUGAUCACUUAUAUAUUUAGAAAGUUAGAGGUCACUAGUACAUUUGUUGUAGAAUUUUUACUCUUAUUUCUUUUUGUACCACGUUUUAUGAUAAUCUUUUAUUUGUUUUAACAUUGACGCAUAAAAUUAUGGAGAAUACACCAAAAAUUUUGAAGAUAAAUAUUACAGUUUAAUUUACAAAGAGUGAAAGAGAUUAUGCCAUUUUUACCCAGAAUACUUUACAAAAAAAUAACACGAGAAAAUGUCUACACACAUAAUAGACAGUUUAUUUGGGAUAUCAGCGAUUUACAUACAGCAUCAUUGCUUUGCGAAUACGGUGCAAAUAUACCCCAUUACAAUUUUUCCCCGUUUAAAAAAGAAAAGAAUGUACUUUUUCACAUUUUCAUUGGAUUUUUGUCAAUUGUCUCUUUCCAUAUUUACAUUAUUAUUCUAAGCUUAAGCAAUCUAAUUGUUCCAGUUCAAUGUCUGUAUUGCCUCCCAAAACUAAAACCGGGAAAGAGUGAUAAGUGUCAAUGUUUCCGAUUGAAGCUGAAAGACACAAGUGCUAUCUAUGAUUUAAGUUAUAUAUGUAGUUUAUACAAUUAACAAAUAUUCUAACACAGCAUUCAGGUUCUUCCCAAUAUCUUAAACAUUGCUAGCAUUUGACUUCGUAUAUGAAAACCAUAAAGAAAAUUCAAUAAAAUAUGUUUAAGCAAUCAUAUAACAUUACAUACAUUACAUAUUUUAUUGCCACAAUUCAUUCAUAAAAUGUCACAGAAACACGUAAAAACAUUAAAAGUUAUAAAUGCCGUGUUUGUUGGGCAUUUUAUUUAUCUUUUCAAAAAUGUAUUUGGACGAGAUACUCUACUUUCGAAAUACUUUAAGGUGUCAGAUUGCAGAAAUUCUUGUAAGAAUGCUUAUCUCACUUUUCACAUUUUUGAAAAAUGUAGUUUGAAACAAAUGGUCGGGAAGAGUCAAAAUACCUUCAAUAUUUGAGAAAGUUGCUGAAAUCAUUGCAACUUUUUCAAAAUGGGUUGACCUAUUCACAUAAUAAAACAAAAUGUGUUUUUAUUACCAUGUUUAAAAUUUAAAAAUGCGUAUAUCAAGCAAUUUGAAAGAUAUUGGCAAAUAACCAAAUGUUGCGUUAGACGAUCUUAUAUAUUUACGUAUUUGUUAUUUUGCCCAUGCUUUCUUUUUUUAAUAUUUAACUUACGCUAAGACCAGUAUGUUCAACAUAAUCAGACUAUGGUAUCAUAUAAACUCACUCAUUUUUAUGAUUUCGUCCUAUUUUAGAAAAGUCACUUAAAUAAAAUAUGUAGAAUUUACAAAUUAGCGAAAGGCGUUAUGAAAGAAAAGAAAUAACGCUUUUAUCAUAUCUUGUUCAAAAGAGCACUUUUAUAUUUGUGUGUAUGUAUUUAUGUGUAAUAUUUCCAGAAUAAAUGUACAAAUUAAGCA